GAUGGCGGUAGAGUUUAAAAAUAGUCAUCGUAGCGCCUCAGGAAUCAGGAAGUAGUUAUGUGUGUGUGCUACAUGGAAAGUAAAGAGGUGGUUGUAGUUUCGGUUAUGUUUUUUACUUACUUGUUGUUUCCUAGUUUGUUGCUAUAUGUCUGCUUCCAUAUGUAAUUCAGCAUGUCAGAAGGUGGUGAGAGGAGUGUGAACAGCAUAUCAGAAGGUGGUGAGAGGAGUGUGAACGCAAUCGAAAAAGAGGCUCUUAAGAAGCAGAUUUCAGAGCAGACAGUUUUAGUUGAAGAACUCACCAACCUAAAGAAGAACAGGAAGGUAUACAAGCAGCAGCCCAAUAGCAACAUAUUCUUCCUUGCUGAUAGGUCACUUACAACUUCUGAAUGUAAAAAAACCUUGGAUAACAUGAAAAAGGAAUAUGAGAUACUGGAAAUUUCAGAGAAGAGCAACAAUAUAUGACAGUGAAACAGGCAUCUUCAGAGACUGAGCUACUUGACUGGUGUACGGAUGUGUGGAAUUUGCUGUCUUAUUACAUUAUGUGGGAAGACGUCCCUUGAGGACUUCUUGGACCAGACUACUCUGUGCAACCUGAAAAGAAGGGGACCUGACAGCAGUCGGCAGAUGUUCAAAAAUGUGCCUGAUUUUGGUUAUUCUUGUCUAUUCUCUGGUUUUGUGCUUCAUAUGAGGGGGCUUCUUACACCUCAGCCUGUACAGGAUGAUUGUGGCAAUAUCUUCCUCUGGAAUGGAGAGGUUUUUGGCGGGAUUGAAGUAGGAGAUGCAGAAAAUGACACGCAAGUAAUUUUCCGACACCUUUCAUCUUCUUCUAGCACAGAAAAUGUUCUUUCUGUAAUGUCAUCUAUUCAAGGACCUUGGGCCUUUGUUUACUAUCAAGCAGUGAAUCACAGCCUGUGGUUUGGAAGGGACUUCUUUGGUAGACGUAGUCUGUUGUGGAAAUUUUCCCCUGACCAAAUGUCAUUCCUUCUCAGUACAGUAAGUUCUGUGGACCCUGGAUCAGAAACGGGUGUUUUGCAAGAGGUACCUGCUCUUGGGAUAUAUAAACUAGAUCUCAAAGCCUCUUGUAAAUCCUUUGUUUUGUCAUGGUAUCCAUGGAAAGACAAAAGCUUUGAUGGCACAGAAGCAGAUAAGAUGUUUCAUGAAAAUUGGCAACAGAUUACAAAACAUUUACCAGAGUUUGUAUCUGUUGCUUUGAAUGACUUGGAACUUUCCCUUCAGGCACCUGUUGUCCCUCUGAAUAAGAAAAUCCCAGAACUGCUUCCUGCACCUGCCAAUCAUGAUAUUAAAUGCAUUUCUUCAGUAUCUUUGCAAGAUCUUCCCAUGUUUAAUGAACACACAAGUUGUUUGGUCCACAAACUGAUUGAUGUUUUAAGUGAAUCAGUAAGACGGCGUGUCUUGUGUCUAGAUAGGAUGACCGCUCCUUUAAUAUCUGAAAGUCUGAGUACUUCUGAUGUUAAAGCAAAUGUUGCUAUUCUUUUUUCAGGUGGCAUAGAUUCCAUGAUGAUUGCUUUGCUUGCUGACCGUCAUAUUCCUUCUAAUGAACCAAUUGACUUGCUAAAUGUGGCCUUCAUGCUACAAGAGAGGAAGCAAAAAGGGCACGCCAGCAGACACUUUAAACAGCACAAGAAUAAAGACCAUCUGUCUGCUCAUGAAGACUCUAGACAGCAAAGCAGUACAGUUGCUGCUUCCUUCAGUGUUCCUGAUAGGAUCACUGGUAAAGCAGGUCUGAAAGAACUGGAAGCUAUUAACCCUCACAGGACCUGGAAUUUUGUUGAAGUUAAUGUUACAUUGGAAGAAUUAAAGUCAGUGAGGCAGGAGCGUAUCGGCCACCUCGUACACCCACUGGACACAGUGCUAGAUGACAGCAUUGGUUGUGCAGUCUGGUUUGCAUCAAGAGGAAUAGGCACAUUAAUUAGAGGUGAAGCGGCAGAGCCCUAUGUUAGUACUGCUAAGGUGAUUCUGACUGGAAUUGGUGCUGAUGAGCAGCUUGCAGGUUAUUCCCGCCAUCGGGUGCGCUGCAACACAGAAGGACUAGAAGGACUGGUGAAUGAGCUAGAAAUGGAACUGGGUCGCAUUUCCUCAAGAAACCUUGGUCGGGAUGACCGUGUUAUUGGGGACCAUGGAAAAGAAGCCAGAUUUCCAUUUCUUGAUGAAGAAGUUGUCUCAUUUCUCAAUUCCCUGCCUGUAACAGAGAAAGCUGAUUUGAAUCUGCCUCGUGGAAUUGGAGAGAAACUACUAUUGCGUUUGGCUGCAAAGGAACUUGGCCUUACUGCUUCUGUUGUUUUGCCAAAACGUGCCAUGCAGUUUGGGUGUAGGAUUGCAAAGAUGGAAAACAGUAAUGAAAAGGCAUCUGACAAAUGCAGAAGAUUGCAUAUAGUUGACACAGAAUGAAUACCUGUUUUUUGUUUUAAUAUAUUUAAACAUUAAAAAUGUCUCCUUGUUUUAAAAAAGUUA